AUGUCGGACCCCGAGAAGUCGGAAGUUGGAGGAGAGCCACCCCAGAAUCCAACCUCGGGCGCCGACCAGCGAAUCCAAUUCGCGCCGACAGUCAGGCCUCCCCGCGAAGAUGUCAUCGCAUACGUGCAACCGACAAUCCCUUCGAUUCCCCCUAUCUUUUCUGGAAGGGAACGCGAUCGCCGCGCGCGCCAAGACGAGCACGGAAAGAAGCAUGUCGAUAUUGACGAACACCUCAUGCCCCAUGCCGAUGUGGCGGAGCGGUACGAGACGAGCAUAAACAUGAAGAAACCGGGAGAUUCGCUUGGUCUAACCACCCAGCAAGCCGAGGAGCUGCUUCGCGAACACGGCCCGAACAUCCUCACCCCUCCAAAGAAGAGGCACCCGAUCCUCAAAUAUCUGGACGCCCUGAAGAGCUUGUUCAACCUCCUUCUGAUAUUUGCUGGUAUACUGGAGUACAUCCUGCUGGGUGUCGACUUCAAGAGCAAUUUCCAGAACACAUACCUUGGAGCAAUCCUGAUCCUUGUUGCGUUUCUCAAUGCCUUCAUCGAUUUCUACCAGCAGCAAAAGUCACAGGCUCUGCUGGAAUCUUUUCUCAACAUGAUUCCAGCAAAGUGCCUGUGUAUCCGGAACGGGCAGAUCGCCCAAAUGGAAGCUGCCUCGUUGAUUCCCGGCGACGUGGUGUUUGUCCGCAUGGGCGACAAGACUCCGGCGGAUAUACUUGUCUUCUCAGCCACGGAUUGCAAGGUUGACAACUCGUCUUUGACCGGAGAAUCAGAGCCCCAGGACCGGAUGGCAGAAAACGAGAUGCGAAACCCCCUUGAAGCUACGAAUGUCAUGUUCAAUAGCACUUUGGUUGUUUCUGGCGAAGCUUACGGCAUCGUCAUUCGUACCGGCGACGGCACGGUCCUUGGCCAGAUUGCUCGCCUCACGGCCGGCGAAGAGAAGCUGAAGUCGCCUCUGACUGUCGAAAUCGGAAACUUUGUCAAGAUUAUCGCCACAAUCGCCAUCAUAACCGCUCUCAUUUUCUUCGGAAUCUCCUUUCCCGUGAACAACAACAACGCGUCUUUGGCUAUCAAUUUUGCAAUCAGCAUUUUUGUUGCCUGGGUCCCCGAGGGCCUCCCGGCCACCGUCACGAUGCUUUUGACCAUCGCAGCGAAGAGAAUGGCUGCACAGAACGUGCUGGUCAAAGACCUGCAGGGAGUCGAGACGUUGGGCGCCAUUACUUUGCUAGCAACAGACAAAACCGGCACUUUGACAAGAAACCAGAUGACUGCAGCCAAUAUCUGGACCUGCGGUGAGCUCUACGAGACAUCUCGAGGGGCAGUCGAGGAGAAGAGCAUAGCUGGACCAGAAAAGCCAGGAGUCAAUGAGAUUCUGCACAUUUCGGCUCUCUGUUCACGCGCAAAGUUCGACCGCGCCGAUGUCCCCGUCAAAGAGCGUGAGAUUUUGGGCGACGCGACCGAGUCUGGUCUUAUGCGAUACGCUGCUGAUCAACUCGACAACAUUGACGCCAUCGGCCAGAAAUACCCAAAGGUGUUCGAGCUACCCUUUACUUCUGACACGAAAUGGCACAUGAGCAUACACAAGAAGUCUCACGCUAGCGGAGCCCUCACUCUGUACAUGAAGGGAGCGCCGGAGCGAGUCUGGCGGCUUUGCAGCCGGAUUCUCGGUGGGCCAGAUGACGAGAGUGUUCCGUUGGCAGAAGAGCACAAAAAGGCGUACGACGAAGCCUACGAGCACAUGGCCGGCCGAGGCCAUCGUGUUCUUGGAUUUGCCGAGAUGCUACUUCCUGGAGAUCAGUAUCCAGAAGAUUUUGUUUUCGAAAAAAAGGCAGAGAACUACCCCCUUGGAAAUUUCACCUUUGCCGGUCUCGCUUCUCUUCAAGACCCACCCAAACAUGGAGUUCGAGAGGCGAUUGGACGCUGCCGUGCCGCUGGGAUCAAGGUGAUUAUGGUCACUGGCGACCAUCCCUUGACUGCCGAGGCCAUAGGUCGCAAGAUCAACCUGAUGCUCGGCGAGACCAAGGCUAUGGUGGCGAAGCGUACCGGAAAGCCAAUCGACCAGAUUGCCGAGCACGAGUACGACGCUGUCGUAGUUCACGGCGAACAAAUUGACACCUUGACCGACGCCGAUUGGGACAAGAUCUUCUGGAGGACAGAGAUCAUUUUCGCACGAACCUCGCCCAAACACAAGCUCGAGAUCGUUCGUCGUGCUCAGAGCAUGGGACACAUUGUGGGCGUUACCGGCGAUGGUGUCAACGAUUCUCCGGCCCUCAAAAAGGCCGAUCUUGGCAUUGCCAUGAAUAAGUCCGGGUCCGACGUCUCCAAGGAAGCAGCGUCAAUGAUACUUCUCGACGACAACUUUGCAAGCAUUGUCCGCGGGGUUGAGGAAGGUCGCCUUAUCUUUGUCAAUCUGAAGAAAUCGAUCAAGUACACGAUUAGUCACUCGACGCCCGAAGUGAUCCCCAGCCUGCUCAACGUCGUUAUCCCGAUCCCCCUCCCUCUGCCCCCUAUGCUCAUACUUGUCAUCGAUCUCGGCUUUGAGCUCAUCGCUGCCCUCUCGUUUGCCUGGGAUCCGCCGGAGACUAGAGAGGGCCUGAUGAAGCUGCCGCCUCGCAAGCCAGUGACUCCGGAAACAAGCAACAUCUUCCGGCGACGAGCCCUACGUCAGACCCGGUCCUACUUUGACGAGGAGUCGGGUGUUAUUCACACCCCCGAACCCCAAACCAAACUGCAAGAGAUCUUUCAUAGCCUACAAGAACUGUUCACAAGAUCGUAUUGGGUAGAGAAAUUCGAGAGCACUGGUGGCGAAGUCCUCGUGGACGGUGCGCUGCUUUCGUGGGCAUAUCUCGAGAUUGGCUUGAUUGAGGCGACUGGGGCUUUGGCGUCUUUCUUCAUGGUCCUGCAUAGCCGUGGCAUCUCGCCGCAUGAUGCCUACAUCAUGCAGAAGGGUGUCGGCGCCCCCACAAAAUACUGGUCCAAAGACGGAGCGACUUACAACGGUAUCGACGGGCCCGCUCAAGCCGACAUCCUCGCCGAGGCACAGUCUAUGUACUACUGGGCGGUCAUGACGAUGCAAAUGUUCAACCUCUUUGCCUGCAAGACUAGACUCACGCUCCCCUUUGGCAGGUACAUGUUCGCCAACCGCGCUACGUUCUACUGCAUCAUUGCUGGCGCCGCGCUAGCCGCCUUCAUCAUCUACACGCCCGGCGUCGAGGUUGUGUUUGGGACCUCACGCAGUCUUCUCCCUCUGUACUGGCUGAUCCCCAUCGCUUUUGGCUUUGUUCUCAUCCUCUACGCGUCCCUGCGCAUGGUCAUCAGCCGCAGGGCCAAUCCGAUCAAGUGGAACCCGGAAAUCCAGGGGCUGCAGAUGUUCCCUACCAUCCGAACCAUGCGGACCAUGUCUAGAACUAGCAUCUAG